UCGGGGGUUUGACUGUCUGUCAGUGACUGAAGGCAGCUUGGUUAAGUUCAGUUGGUCAACAGUCGUUCAUCCCAGCAUUAUUCCCUCAAAAAAUGAACAGGAUUCACACAUCCUCAUGGAAAGUGAGGCGAUGAUGGGAGUGUUGCUGAGAUCUGUACUGGUCUCAAAGGGUUCCCAGUUUAGCCGUCAGCUGCCGUGUCCUAGUUUCCUCAGUCCAGAUGCUGACCGACAUCACAUACAAGCCCGAUCAUCCUAAAACAGCAGCAUUUCAGCCAAUCACGUGUUUGGAGGCGGGACUUAUGAAAACACGCAAGAUAAAAAAACUAAAAACAUCCUGAUGUUAUAGUUAUAAUAAAUGUGGCUCACUAAUAUUCAGAUGCCGCAACAUUAGACCAUUUUUUUGGAGUCCACAAGAAUGCUCCACCGGAAAAAAAAACUACUGGAAAUCUGAUGUUUCGUUCAACGUCUGAAAGUUUUUCUUCGACCCCUCAAUGGAGCCAAUGACAGCUAACACCUCAAAAAACCCAGAAUGCAUUGCAGCAUCUAAGGACGACCACCUCUCCAGUCUGAAGUCUUUGACCGAGAAGCUCAAACUUGAGACCAAAAAGUCAUCUCAGCUUGACUGGAGAGCCCAGCUAGAGGCCAUGCUGACCACCAGCCGCAAAAUCUCGUCCAGUGAAGCAGAGAAACACGGAAGCUCACAUCCUUUCAGAUGGUCAAAGCUGUCGAUGAGCUCUGGUGUGUUUAAUGAAGUGGGACAGCCAGCAGAGGGCAUGAUGGGAUUUAAAAGUGUAGAUGAAGCGCUGGAGGGGCUCAGAAAAGAGCUGGCAGAGAUGCGUUUGCAGGACCAGCAGCUGGCGCUCCAGCUAAUGCGACUGCGCAGCGACAUCAACGAUCUAAGAAUCGUGCAGACGUGCAACCAGCAUCGCAUUAUGCUGAACGAUGUCACGUUCGAGCUUGAGGAGCGAGAUGAUAUGUCGGGUUUGUGUGACGUCCCCAUGUCUCCUGGAUUAGGCCUCUCCACGCCACUCAAGGUCAUUGGGGUCACCAAGAUGAACAUUCAUUCUCGACGUUUCUCUCUGUGUUAGCAACCGUGUGUGUUUAUACCGCAUGUUUUUGAUAGAAUAUAUUUGACAUAUAUUUUCAGAACAUAUAUGGGAUUCAUCUUGAAGAUCACAACUCAUUGCACUUGUGUAAUGUGACGUAUUUCAGAGUAAACAGGAUAUGUAGCAUGAAAAAAAACUGGGCUGGGUCUUGGGUUCAUUUUUCUGUAAUUGCUGGAUGGUAAAAAGUGUCUUCAUGUGGCAGGUGGUACUAUGACAAGAAGGCUUGGUGGCAUCACGGAAAGUCAUUACACAGGUUGAGCGAGUUAUUCAACACUGAAAGUGAGACGAGAAAACUAUGAAGUAAAUACGAUCAACGUGUUUCAUGAAAUCUCAAUGUAAUGUCACUGUCUUUGCCAUGAUUUUGUUAUCUUCCGCUAACACUUCCAACGGUUUGGAGCAGCACAUUUUUGUGAAGUGUAAAGAUCACACAAUAGACCUGCUGAAUGAAGCUUCUAGUACAGCGACACAGAUAAGAGAGCCAUACAGAUACGACACUGUCCGGUUGAAAGAAGACAGACGGGAUGGGCGUCAAACUUUUUUUGAUAAAAAAUGUCUAUUGGAGAAGAUACAGAAUGAAAUUCAGAUGGUUUCCAUCGCAAAAAGGAUUAUAAACCAUCCGCGUUUUACCAUUAAACCCAUCACAAAUUUCCUUUUGCAGUACGUCUUAUUCCAGGAAGAUUUAAUGGUGCUCUAUUGGUUCCCAUUAUAAACAAUAAAUCCAUCACAAUUUCUGUGUAGAAAUUCAAGACUAAAAUGUUUACAACAAGAAGACACAACAAGGCUUAAGAAAUAAUAUGUACCGAUGUAAAUGUUGUAUUUUUAAGAAGUAUAACCAACAG